AUGAUAAUCACCGGUUCGGCUGAUAAAUCCAUAAAAUUCACUUCUUUACUUACCGGCGAUGUAUAUAAUGUUUGUGAUAUUCAUAAAGGUGGAGUUCUUGCUAUCGAUUUUCAUCCCGUUUAUACAAACUUGAUGUUGACCGCUUCAAUGGACGGUAGUGUUGCGUUAAUCGAUGCUUCUACUAUGGAAGUUAAACAAGUUUUUAAAGAUCAUAACAAAUACGUUGUUAGAGCAAAGUUUUCACCGGAUGGCAACAUGCUCUUUACUGCGAGUUAUGAUCAUACUUUGAUUAUUUAUAGCAUCGGUGGAUCAUCAACACCUACACGUCUUUCUUCUCCACAUUUCGUAAAUUCAUCAAUGCAGACAUCACCAAUUCCUACAACUCCUUCAACUCCACUUACACCAUCAACACCACUUCCUUUAUACUCUAAAAUGCAUACUAUAACUUUUGAAUCCAAUAUAGAAUCUCUUUGUAUUCUUCCAGAUUCAAAUUAUUUAAUUGUAGGUAUUCGUGAAUCUAAUUAUCUAUACUAUAUUAAUCUUCAACAUACCAAAUUCAAACGCCAAAAUUUUGAAAUUACGAAACAUAACAUGAAUGCAAAUGGUGAUAACUGGGUAUCAUUUACAGCAAUGGACAUUAUCGCUAGUCCUAAUAAUGGUGGUAAAUACCUAUUGGUUGCAACUGAUGACGAUAAUGGUAGAAUCAUUAUGUUUAAAACAUUUAAUACAUCUACUUGUGACAUUGGUGAACAAAAUGAAAUUGACAAGAACGAUAGUAUUACGUCUUCAACGUUGAUCCAACUAGCAAACUUUUAUGACAUUCCUUCACCAGAAUCAUCUCCAAGCUCUUCGUCUCCAACAUCGCCAUCGAUCACUAUAGCAACUGACAUCUCUCGAAAAUUUACAAAUCCGAGGUUGUUCUGGCAUCCAUCAGGAAAAUAUUUUUAUGCUUGUGGUAUGGAUGCCUAUCCACGUGUAUACUCAAUUGAAUCCAAAAGACUAAUUGAAAAAUUAAAAGGUCAUACUAAUGGCGAUGAUGACAAAUUAAGUGGACAUUCUGAUGUUGUACGUGGAAUGUGGUACGAUGAAGAAAGAGACUUGUUGGUUACUUGUGGUUUUGAUAAGUGCGUGAAAAUUUGGGGAAGUGAUGAAUUAUGCAGAGAGGUGAUGAAAGACUUGAAAGAAGAAAUAGAUAAGAAGAGAAUUCAAGGGUUAUUUAUGAGAAGGAAUACCAUUGUUUAA